AUGUCAGACAAGGAGUUUGGAGGUAACGAUGACCUCUCUCUUCCAAAAGCCACCGUCCAAAAGAUCAUCAACGAAGUUCUCGCGACGAAUCCUGCCUUCGAAGGCGCCAACCUCGCUUUCGCCAAGGACACCCGAGAUAUCCUGAUCGAAUGCUGCGUCGAGUUCAUCACCAUGUUGACAUCGGAGGCGAAUGAAAUUGCCGAGAAGGAUGCGAAGAAGACGAUUGCAUGCGAACACAUUACGAAGGCUAUUGCAGAUCUGGGAUAUCCUGACUUUGUGCCGGAGUUGGAGAAGGUCGCUGCUGAGUUCAAGACGCAGCAGGCUCAUCGAGAACGGAAGCAGACUAAGAUCGAGCAGAGCGGCAUGUCGCAUGAGGAGUUGCUCAAGGCCCAAGAAGAGCUGUUCAAGAGUGCGGGAGACAAGUACAAUGCUGGCCCGGCAGAGUAG